UGUAAAUUUUAGCAUCCUAAAAAUACAUUUUUUUAAAGUUGAUCAGUUCUUUAUUACUGUCAUAAUGCCUUUGUCAGAUGAGUAUUUUUACAAUAUUAAUAAAUUCACAAAAACAAUCAAUGUAAUAGCCGGAAUGCCUUUAUUCGUUGAAAAAACAAACAAAUAUUAUCAAUAUUAUGGAUAUAUAGUAGAUGUUUUUUUAUUUUUUGGGUUUAUUACUACUACGAGUUGUGUAUUUUAUUCAGGCGAAAUAUUUGAUAAAUUAAAAUCUAUUGCCGUUGGAGCUUCGUCUUUAUCUGGAUUGUUGAACUCGUUGUAUCAAAGAUAUAACUACAAACGCAAUCAACACAUAAUGAAUGAUUUACAAUGUAUCUCAGUGAAUUUUCAAAAUGAUCAGCCCAUUGAAUGUUUUAUAAAGAAGAUGAAAAGUGAUAUUUGGUUGACAAAUAAGUUGCUUUCGUUUGUAGUAAUUAUUGCAGCACUUACAAUUCCUUUAUUUUUAUUCUGGGAUAUAAUUGUUCCACAAGAUGGAAUUACUGUUAGUCAUACUGUUGUACAGAUGGAAAUACCAUUUAUUGAUGCUAGUGAUGUUUUGGAGUAUUGGUUAAAGUCUAUUUUAUUAACUUUAAUUGUAUUAUAUGCAAACAUAAAAAUUGUUGCUAUUCAUUGUUUUUAUGUUGGUGCAUUAUCACAGAUAAAAUGCGGAUUUAUUCAUCUGAGAAAAAAUUUAUCUUAUGAUAUUGCGUGUAAAAAUGAUCUAUCUCUGUUUUAUGGAUCUAUUAAAAGCCAUCAAAAUAUUAUAAGAGUUGGGAAUAAUAUUUGCAAUACUUAUUCACCAGUGUUUUCUUUUUUUUUGGCAUUUUUUAUAAUUGAAAAUAUUUCAAUAAUGGUUAUGAUCAUAUGCAUUCCAAAUACGCCUUUAAUGAUGAAAUAUUUACCUAUGAGUCAUUUAUUGUUGGGUUUGACAACAUUAUACAUUUCAUGUAAUGUAGGAUCUAGCUUAGAAGAAGAAUCAACUAAAAUUGUGAAAGAACCUUUUGGAAUUUGUAUUCUUAACCCGUCAAUUUUAACUAUAAAACAAAAUUUGUUGCUUUUAAUAUUAGGGUCGUAUACACCAAUCAGAUGUAAAUGCAUAUUUCAACCUACAGUAUGGAUGAACAAUGCAACGUAUGCAAGCUUUUUCAAAUUUUCACUCUCGGUACUACUGGCAACUAAAAAAAUCGUAAAUAAAGGAAUUGUAGACUAAUAUUUGAUUUUUAAAACUAAUAUAGACAUAUAUGUAAUAUUGAUUAAUUUUUUUAUUUUGAUGAUAGAUUUUACAAUAAAUAUGAAUUACUAAAAAUUAUUUGUAUGUUAUCUUUGUUUCAAAGAUUCAAAGAUAUUUAUUAAGUACUAUG